UGCUCCUGAACGGUCGAGUCCCAUCUUAUCCGGCACGAGAUAAACACCUAGGAGCACAGCACAAGCCCCUGUUGCCCUCCGCCACCGCGCGCGGCCGAGGCGCAUCGCCGGUCGCCGCCAGGCCUCGCGCACGCCCCCGGGGGCGCGAGGGCGAGCUUGCCGGGCGAUGACCUGUCCGGAGUCCGACGUGGGCGAGCUUGCCGGGCGUCUGCCCACCUCCCGACGUGACACCGGUCCCCACCCUGCCGCCCCCGGCCCCGACACUCCUCGGCGUCACCCUCGUGCCCUCCCUCUCCGCCCACCUAUAUAAACUCGCCUCCUCCCGUCCCACAGCCUCCACACCCAUCGCACAACUACUCCUGCACAACAACACAGGCAUUGUUCCACUCCAUUGUCACCGUUUCUGUUCCAUCGCAGACCAGCAUCUCCUCCUCUGCUUCUGUUCCAUCGACCCCGGUUCUUGGAAUCUGAAUCCAGCUAGCUGACUAGUACCAGUAACAAAUUCGAUCGUUUGAACCUGACCAUUUUGGAUGGCGGUGAUGACGGACAUGCCCGCGGCGACGGCGCUGCGUGCGCCAGCCCCGGCUACUGCAGCGGUGGGGAGCGAGAAGGACGCCGAGAAGCUGAGGUUCAUCGAGGAGAUGACCUCCAACGUCGACGCCGUGCAGGAGCGCGUCCUGGCCGAGAUCAUCGCCAGGAACGCCGAGACCGAGUACCUCGCCCGGUACGGCGUCGCCGGCGCCACCGAACGCGCCGCCUUCCGCGCCAAGGUGCCCGUUGUCACCUACGAGGACCUGCAGCCUGACAUCCAGCGCAUCGCCAACGGCGACCGCUCGCCCAUCCUCUCCGCCCACCCCAUCUCCGAGUUCCUCACCAGCUCGGGGACCUCGGCCGGCGAGCGCAAGCUGAUGCCGACAAUCAAGGAGGAGCUCGACCGGCGCCAGCUGCUCUACAGCCUCCUCAUGCCGGUCAUGAACCAGUACGUGGCGGGGCUGGACAAGGGCAAGGCGCUCUACUUCCUCUUCGUCAAGUCGGAGACCACGACGCCCGGCGGCCUCACGGCGCGGCCCGUGCUGACCAGCUACUACAAGAGCGAGCACUUCAAGAACCGGCCGUACGACCCGUACCACGACUACACGAGCCCCACGGCGGCUAUCCUCUGCGCCGACGCGUUCCAGAGCAUGUACGCGCAGAUGGUGUGCGGCCUGUGCCAGCGCCACGACGUGCUCCGCGUCGGCGCCGUCUUCGCCUCCGGCCUCCUCCGCGCCAUCCGGUUCCUCCAGCUCCACUGGGAGCAGCUUGCCGACGACAUCGAGGCAGGCUCGCUCAACUCGCGCGUCACCGACCCGUCCGUCCGCGAGGCCGUCGCGGCCAUCCUCCGGGCGGACCCGGAGCUCGCCCGCUUCAUCCGAGCCGAGUGCUCCCGCGGCGACUGGGCGGGCAUCAUCACCCGCGUCUGGCCCAACACCAAGUACCUGGACGUGAUCGUCACCGGCGCGAUGCAGCAGUACAUCCCCACCCUGGAGUACUACAGCGGCGGCCUUCCUAUGGCGUGCACCAUGUACGCCUCGUCGGAAUGCUACUUCGGCCUAAACCUCCGCCCGAUGUGCCACCCGUCGGAGGUCUCCUACACCAUCAUGCCCAACAUGGGCUACUUCGAGUUCCUCCCCUUGGACGAGGCGAGCGGCGUGGCGUCCGGCGACGCGGCUCAGCUGGUGGACCUGGCCCACGUGGAGGCCGGGCGCGACUACGAGCUGGUGAUCACCACGUACGCCGGGCUGUACCGGUACCGCGUGGGUGACAUCCUCCGCGUGACGAGGUUCCACAACGCGGCGCCGCAGUUCCGGUUCGUGCGGCGCAAGAACGUGCUCCUGUCCAUCGAGUCGGACAAGACCGACGAGGCGGAGCUGCAGCGCGCCGUGGAGCGCGCGUCGGCGCUGCUCCGCCCGCACGGCGCAGCGGUGGUGGAGUACACGAGCCACGCGUGCACCAAGAGCAUCCCGGGGCACUACGUCAUCUACUGGGAGCUGCUGACCAAGGGCCCACAGAGCGGGCAGGCCGUGGACGGCGACGUGCUGGAGCGGUGCUGCCUGGAGAUGGAGGAGGCCCUGAACUCGGUGUAUCGGCAGAGCCGGGUGGCGGACCGGUCGAUCGGGCCGCUGGAGAUCCUGGUGGUCCGGUCCGGCACGUUCGAGGAGCUGAUGGACUACGCCAUCUCCCGCGGCGCCUCCAUCAACCAGUACAAGGUGCCCCGCUGCGUGUCCUUUCCGCCCAUCGUGGAGCUGCUCGACUCCCGCGUAGUGUCACGCCACUCCAGCCCCUCCCCGCCGCACUGGGCGCCGGCGGCCGGCCGGUCAGACUAAACCGCCGCAACCAACCGUAUCAUCGGCAGAACAUGCAUCUAAGCUUAGAUCGGGCCGUGGACCGCGGUGAAGCGUCACGUUCGCCGUAGUAGAAUACUCGCACUUUGUCGUAGUACUAGCUAGUAUUAGUUCUGCAAAUUUUCUCUCCUGUGCUGUCCAGCCAGGCAGUAGGCCAGUCAGUCGUUUUUGAGUUAAGAGUGUUGAGUUGAGUGCGUGCUAUGUAAUGUGGGUGCCUUAGCUGUUGCUGUUAAUCAGUAGUAGUGUUUAGUGAGUGUUGUUUGUUAUUGCUUACUAGUACUUGUAGUUUCAUGCCAGGAACGGAAAGUGAUCAUUAACGUGCUAUA